AUGACGUGUUUCCUGAGGUCACUGGCGUGUAAUGGGCUGCGUGAUGUCAAACACAGACAUCUUCUUGUACAUCUUUUUGCAAGUCCACGUGGUGGUGCGGUUACUCGCCUCAACCCGGGUGGUGGAGGACGAAUCUCAGUUGCCUCCGCGUCUGAGACCGUCAAUCCGCGCAUCUUAUCACGUGACUUGUUGAGCGUGUUACCACGGAGACAGCACGUGUGGAGGCUUCACGCUAUUCUCCGCGGCAUCCACACACAACUCGCCACACGCCCCACCGAGAGCGAGAACCACAUUAUAGUGACCACGAGGAGGUUACCCCAUGUGACUCUACCCUCCCUAGCAACCGGGACAAUUUGGUUACCCCGUGUGACUCUACCCUCCCUAGCAACCAGGCCAAUUUGGUUACCCCGUGUGACUCUACCCUCCGUAGCAACCGGGCCAAUUUGGUUACCUCGUGUGACUCUACCCUCCCUAGCAACCGGGACAAUUUGGUUACCCCGUGUGACUCUACCCUCCCUAGCAACCGGGCCAAUUUGGUUACCCCAUGUGACUCUACCCUCCCUAGCAACCGGGACAAUUUGGUUACCCCAUGUGACUCUACCCUCCCUAGCAACUGGGACAAUUUGGUUACCCCGUGUGACUCUACCCUCCCUAGCAACCGGGCCAAUUUGGUUACCCCAUGUGACUCUACCCUCCCUAGCAACCGGGCCAAUUUGGUUACCCCAUGUGACUCUAUCCUCCCUAGCAACCAGGCUAAUUUGGUUACCCGAUGUGACUCUACCCUCCAUAGCAACCGGGACAAUUUGGUUACCCCAUGUGACUCUACCCUCCCUAGCAACCGGGACAAUUUGGUUACCCCAUGUGACUCUACCCUCCCUAGCAACCGGCCCAAUUUGGUUACCCCAUGUGACUCUACCCUCCCUAGCAACCGGCCCAAUUUGGUUACCCCAUGUGACUCUACCCUCCCUAGCAACCGGCCCAAUUUGGUUACCCCAUGUGACUCUACCCUCCCUAGCAACCGCCCAAUUUGGUUACCCCAUGUGA